AUGUAUCGCGAAUUGACGAUUUCCAGCGAUGUUCCAGCUCCCAAGCUGAAUAAAGCCCUCAAGACAGGUAAGCUAAGUCUUACAGCUGAUCAACUCAAGGGUUCAGGCUCUGUUAUCCAUCUCCACCCAGCUUCGUAUGAGAAAGCACUAAAAGCACGCAAGGCGGGUCGUGGGGUUAGACUUGACAUUACCAAGCAUGAGAUCAAGAAAGGCUUCAAGAAGCUCCAAGGAGGAUCCAUUUGGAGUAAAAUCAAAUCAGGGUUAUCGACAGCAUUCAAAUUCGUAAAAGAUAGUGGUUUGCUGAGUAAGGGUCUGGAUGCGGCAGUGCCUGCUAUUGCUACAGCGUUUGGAGCCCCUCAAGCAGGAAUCCCCGCAAGGGCGGCUAUUAGGUCAUUGACAGGAGUUGGAGUAUACGACUCUGACAGCGAUACCCCGAAAGAAGGUGGUCGUAUUUCGGUAGCGGAUGUUAAGAAGGCGGCGAAAAAUGCUCUCGGGUAUGCUAAACGUAAGGGGAUUCUAACUGAUGCAGUCGAUGCAGGCGAGAAGUUUCUACUAUCAAAAGCAACCAAGCCAGAGCAUGAGAACCUGAUCAAAUCGGUUCGAGGUGAGGUAAAGAGACGCUAUGGUGUAGGAAAAGCAAUGAUUGCUGGCUCUUUUCGAUUAAAUUAG